CUGACAGAUAACGAGAACCAGCCAACUGCUGUGUGUGUGUGUGUGUGUGUGUGUGUGUGUGUGUGUGUGUGUGUGUGUGUGUUUUCGCUUCCGUCUCCAUGGAAACGGGCUCAAACACGGAAGUGCUCCGUCGUGUCUGCUGCAGGUGAGCAGACAUGAUGCCCAGGUUUCAGGAGGUGGAGUCAGGCCAGGCCCCGCCCCCUGGCAGCGCUGGUCUGGUUGCUAAGCGAUACAGCGUCCUGCGGAGUCUGGGCCGGGGGAGUUUUGGUUCAGUUUAUCUGGUUCAGGACACCAAAGCUACAGACGGAGAGGAGCUGAAGGUGUUGAAGCAGAUUCCUCUGGGUGACCUUCGACCUGACGAGACGGUCCGAGCAACGCAGGAAGCCCAGCUGCUGUCUCAGCUGCACCACCCGGCCAUCCUCACCUUCUACCACAGCUUCCUGGAGAGAGACGCUUUCUGCAUCGUCACUGAGUACUGCCAGGAUCGGGAUCUGGACUGUAAGCUGGAGGAGGUGAGAUGCGCCGGGCGGAGCCUCCCAGAAAUCCAGGUCGUCGAUUGGCUCGUCCAGCUGCUGCUCGGCCUUCACUACAUGCAUGACAGGCGAAUCCUCCACCGAGAUCUGAAGGCCAAGAACGUCUUCCUGAAGCGAAACCUCGUUAAAAUCGGUGAUUUUGGAGUUUCCUGCCUGCUGAUGGGAUCAUGUGACCUCGCCACCACCUUCACCGGUACUCCGUUCUACAUGAGCCCAGAGGUGCUGAACCACCAGGGCUACGACUCCAAGUCUGACAUCUGGGCUCUGGGCUGCCUCCUCUAUGAGAUGUGCUCCCUGACUCACGCCUUCCAGGGUCCAAACUUCCUGUCUGUGGUGAUGAAGAUCGUGCAGGGAGAAACCCCGACGCUGCCCAGUGGAUACUCGGAGGAUCUGAACUCUGUCAUGCAGAGGAUGCUGCAGAAACAACCAGCAUCCAGACCUUCUGCUGCAGAACUUCUCAAGACCAAGUUCAUGGAGGAGAACAUGAAGAAAAUGAAGGACCGGUUUGUGUUUGUGUCGUCAGGAGGAGAGGAAGAUGCUGAACUCAUCGCCAAGAACAUCAGGCAGACAAAGGUUCACCUACAGACGCUAAUGGAGAGGUCAGAGGUUGACAAGAUGACACCGAGAGAGAGAAUGAGGCUGCGAAAACUGGAGGCUGCUGACGAGAAGGCAAAGCGACUCAGGAAACUGGCUGAGGAGAAAUACAAGGAGGUUCACACUCGCAGGAGAGAACUGAGGAGCCGCCAUUUUGAAAAAGUCAGCCUGGAUGUUCUGAGCGAGAGCAGAGAGGAUGGAGCCUGUCACAGUCAGCCAAUCAGCAUCCAGGACCACCAGUCACCAGGAGGGUCGCAGCCAAUCAUGGAGCAGGAUGACAGCAAGACGUCAGAGUCAGAGCUGCACGACAUCCCGGAGGACCCUCAGGCUGCAGAAGUUUAUUACAACCAGGACGGAUUUGAUUCGUGUUCAGACGACGAAGAGACAACAACACCUUCAGAGACUCUUUACCUGUCUGACCCACAGGUCAGCGAGCUGGAGGCCAUGAUGAAGCACAUGCAGGAAGUUCUGGAGGAGGAACUGAGUGGAGACCCAGCAGAGCCUGAGGCCCCUCAGAGCCCUCAGGGGCCCCCAAUGAUCAACAGCAGCCUGCUGGAGACCAGGAUCAAACACCUGAGAGAGUCAAUCCAAAGCCGUCUGGGUUCAGACGUCUUCCAGAAGCUGUACGAGAAGCUGAAGGAGGUCAGACAGCGUGACAGCGGCGUCCCCGAGGCUCUGAGUCACCUGGAGGACAAACCUGAUGAUGGUUUCCAGGUGGACCAGCUGCUCUUCUACGAGGAGGAGCUGCAGAGAGUGAGACAGCUGCAGGAGGACAGACCACCUGUCUGACUGUCUCUGAAAAACAACUGAACUGUAGAAAGAAACACCAGAGCAACAAGAAGCUGAGGAAGAACCAGGUGUGAUGUAUGACAGGUAAACUGUGAGCUGUAACAUAAGAAACAUUAUACAUAGAAAUGAUUUGAGAUUUUACAUUAAUUCAUAAACUACCCGGCAGUUUAUAAAUUAAAAUGGGCUCCACUUUGAGCAGCUGCAACAUUAAACUAAUGAACACAUUAAUGCAUCAAUAAUUAUUAUCCAAUAAUAUGAUAUAUUACUAACAGCAGUGCUCAGUGCUUUAAGAAUAUUUUGAUUAGGGCUGCUCCCUAACAGUCGGCCAAACGCUAGUCGACCAGGAAGGUCAUUACUCAGCAAGACUUAAUUGGUUGCUUAGUCGCAGGAAAAAAAAAAAAAUGAAACUCUAUCAGGAGCUGCACCUUGUCAAAAUAAAUCCAAACCUAUAUGACUGGA